UCGUGGAAAUCGACCGUGUUGCAUAUUUUCUUUGUAAAAUGUAAAAGCUUAUGCUUGAAAUAAAUUUUAAGUAAAAAUUAAAUGAUGACUUAAAAGUUCUAAAGUGUUUAUCCUUAGAGUAUCGCAAAUACUCCAUUCCUUAGUAGGUGAAUGUGUUUUAAUUUAGAAGGGACUUUUUUGUAAACAAAAAUGGAUGGAACAGUAGUCCUUAUUUUGCUUGCUUUAGUCAUGUUAAUUGGCUCCUAUGUGGCUGGAAGUAUCCCUCUUAACGUGAGCAUGUCUGAGGACAAGCUACAAAAGAUUACUGUAUUUGGUGCUGGUCUCCUGGUGGGGACAGCACUUGCUGUGAUCAUACCAGAGGGAGUCAGAUCCUUGCUGUCGGAGCCAACAGUUGUUACCAAGGAUUACACACCAGAACCUGCCAGUCAUACAGAUCUGCAUUCAGUUAUUGGGAUAUCUCUAGUCUUAGGAUUUGUUUUCAUGUUGGUCGUGGAUCAGAUGUCAGCUCGUUACAACGAUACCAGUAAUCCGGUGGAGAAGAAUAUUACUGCUACUGUAGGCCUUGUUGUACAUGCUGCUGCCGAUGGCGUGGCGCUAGGUGCCGCGGCGACCACGGCGCAUGCUGACGUGGAGCUGAUCGUGUUCCUGGCCAUCAUGCUGCACAAGGCUCCGGCGGCCUUCGGACUGGUCACCUUCCUGCUGCACGCAGGCCUGGACAGGAAUCGAAUCCGCAAGCACCUGCUGAUUUUCUCGUGUUCUGCGCCCCUGCUCGCCCUGUUGACGUACUUCGGGAUCGGGAACGAGAGCAAACAGACUCUCACAGACUUCAAUGCAACAGGGAUCGCCAUGUUGUUCUCUGCGGGGACUUUCCUCUACGUGGCGACUGUCCACGUCCUGCCAGAGAUAACCAACCCCCACUCUCACACUCACACCCUGCUGCCAACACAAGAGGGAAUCCCUCCCAAGCGCGGCUUCUCCGGCCUCCGACCCACAGACGUGGCCAUCCUCAUCUUUGGCGCCCUCCUGCCGGUGCUACUCACCAUGGGUCACCACCAUUGAUGCUGGCCCCAAGUGUACAGAGUCUCCAAGAUUCUGUACAGGUGCUUCCUGCUCCUGGUGUGUUUCGAUGUCUACCUACGGUUCUGUAUAUUCCUGUUGCGCCGCGAACGAGCACGCAAUUUGCGGAGACUAUUGCGUGCGCAUUAUGAGUGAUCUCAUAUCGUAUUAAAUUAAAUUUGUAAGCAAAAUUUAAGAACGAUGCGGGACUUGACCCCGCGACCUCUCGGGUUCCGUCCGAUCGCUUUUCCAACCAGUAGAUCCUAGUUAAACAAAACAUAUCAUGAUUUACUAACGAAGCGUCACUCGAACGGUUGGCUAACCCGAGAAGUCGUGGGGUUGAGUCCCGCAUCAUUCAUAAAUUUUGGUUAUAAAUUUUAUUUAAUUAAUCCCAGAAGUGAGGUAUAUCACUUUAAAAAAUAACAAAUAGCUCAUAGUAUAUUUUAAUGUAUGUCAAGAAACGAGCAGAUGGCCCGCCCAGUUUUAGUGGCAUCAUCUGCAACAGUGGUGAAAUCUGAAUCUGAGGCGUACCUUACGAUGCGACUUUAUCAUACAUCUACAAUAUCAGUCAGAGAUUAAUAAAUGCUUCCACGAUGUAAAUUAAGCUCUAUAUUGCAACUGCAAUUUGUAGUAAAUGAAGUUAGAUUUUGUCUAUAAUGUAAUCUAGGCCUAAGGUAAACAUUUCAAGUGUACUAACACGUUACCGAGUGUAACGGUCUCUUUUAUACACUUGUAUAAACCCCGGUAUCUGUUUUACACACAUGUAUAGAAUACAUAGCAUUAUGCUAUUCGAGCCAAACAGUUGAGCAAUUAGUCGCAGCAUGCUAUCCUUGUCACACAAUAUUGGUUGAUAUACUCGCACAUGUACCGUUUGCAAAAAAAUACUCUUAAACAAAUUUCUUAAUAUUUUUCAAUGGUCACUUAUUUGCGUUCCGCAAUUAUAUAUAUUUUAUAAAUGUCCCGCAUUAUUAAAAUGCCCGACAUUUAUAAAAAGAAUUUUUUGCCUUCUGAGAAGAAUUCCACGAUAAAAUUGGUAUUGCAUUUAUUCUAUUAUUAUCAAUAUAUCACAAUAUUAAAAAAAAUUACCAAUUUAUCAUAGCGUAAAAUAAAUUAAAAUCGCAAAGUAGAAGAUACAUUCUAUUUUGUUUAGAUUCAUUAAAGUUACUAAAACACAACAUAGCAACAGGUAACUCUGGUAAACAUAAUAUUAUGUUAUAGCACUAUAGAGUUUUAUUUUCAUAAAAGUUCGUGUUGUGCUUUGGCCAUAGGCAUUGUAAUUCAGAAAGCAAUCCGUCAUAUCAUUUUUAUAUUGAAGACUAGCUGACCCAACAAACGUAGUAUUGCCAUAUAAAGCAAUAAGAAAAAAAAUCAAGAACUAAAAUUUUUGGGGUAUAAAAAAUAGAUGACGACCGAUACUCAGACCUACCAAAUAUUAAAUCGUACAUAAAAUCUACCAACUAUAGGAAGCUAAAAUUAAGUUGUUUUUUAUCUUCUGAGAGAGUUAGAAAGAUAUAAAGAUUAUAAUUACUUAUUCAUUUUAAACUAUUCUUUCAUUUUUGUUUCUGAACGACGCGGGAUACAUCAAAGGAAAAACCAAGUUGUUGUUUUUAUUUAUUUCUGAGCAUUUCUAUAUUUAUUCACCUUUUAAACCUUCUCCGGACUUCCACAAAAUAAUUCAAGACCUAAAUUGGCGAAAUCGGUCCAGCCGUUCUCGAGUUUUAGCGAGACUAACGAACAGCAAAUCAUUUUUAUAUAUAUAGAUUAGUAGUUUAUUUUGGAUGGAAGUAUAAAAUCUUACGAUGGUGCAUAAGCUUAGACUUACUUUACUUUAUAACAGUGACACUUGUAGUUAUUGUAAAUAUAUCACUUAAGGCCACUAUUCCAAGAACCGCCAAAAUAGCGCAUAAUUGAAACCAUUUCUUGACAUAUAAUUUAUAUAAAGCUUAUAUUUUUACAAAAAAAUUAUUAUAUAUCUACAGAAUGUGAGAACUAAAUUCAUUUAUUCUUUACAAAGACAGUGUGAAAAAAAAUGACCAAUAAACUUUAAAAACUAAUCAUUCAAUCUAGAUAAAGGUUGUAUGAAAAUUGUGCACCAAUACUAUAUAACGUGACAUAGUUUUGAAAAGAUAUUUUGUCUGUAAUAAAAUAAAAAUGCUUCUAAUUCUGAAUUAAAAAAUAGGGCGAUCUUGUGCGAGAGAGGUAACCUAGCUCCGCUCGAUUCCUCAAGGCCGUUGGCUCGGUCCCCAGCCUUAAUAUUACGCUCUUAGUCUGCCUAAAAAAUAAAAAAAAUACAUGGUAAAGGCUAGUCAGAAAGAAACAAUUAAGACAAGACUAAACAUAUAAUGAACACAGAUGUAAAUAUUAUCCGAAGUAAUUAACGAUUUAUGGUUAACGUAAAGAAAAUCUACACGCGUGUAUUUUCAGAAGUCACACGAUUUUUGAGACGAAAAUUUAUGACAUCUAUUGUACAUUAUUGUGUAAAUAAACCUCUGUACUAUAUUUGAUUAUAAAAGCUGUAAUUAUAAGUAUGUAAUUAUUUCUAAUAUUUAAAAAUCUUUAUUACAAACAAACAUUAAGUAUUAGACAAAAAUAAGCGGUUGUCUAUGAAUUCUUAGACAUUAAGAUUACAUUUACGGCUGAAACAUGGUAAGAUUAUUAAUAAUAAUAUCAUUAUUAAGCCGCCGUGUAUGACAUUCCUUUUUUCUGUACAUAAUCCACAGCCAAAAUUAUAUGAAAGUAAUAUUAACAUUUAACGCAUUUAACGUUUAACAUAUUAACGCUAUUAUUUUGAACUCAGAAAUUUAAUAAUCUUAAUAUUGACUUACUUAUUAUACUGCCCCAUAAGGCAAAUCCUGUGCUAUGGGUACAAAACAACGAUUUAUUUAAUACUUAAACAUACAAACAUCCAUAUCCAUCGAUUCGUACCCGGGACCUCUAGCUUAGGAGUCAGGGUCACUAACCAUUCGGCUAUUUGGGUUGUGAAUGUAUCUUUAAUGAAAUUUUAUGAAAUAUUUGUUUUACUAUCCUUACUUAUACCUCUCACAGAUUUACAAUCAUACGUAAAUUACCCUACACACACUUUCAUAUUCUGUCAAAUGUCACGACUGUCAUUACUUACAUCUUUAUCGUAUUGUCAUUUUAUAGACUCGAUAACGAGGCAAACUUUAUACCGUUAUUUAUUUUUAACGCUUAAUAAUAAUAUAAUUGUGAAGCAAUUCCUAAGCCGUUAACGUAUCAUGAAGGUACUAAAUUGUCUCAAGUUUCAAUUGUGAAAAUAUUGUAUAGUUUUAUUUAAGUAAGUUUAAUUUAUUGUUGUUCAUAAGAACAAAUGUACGGACAAGCUAUAAUAUGUUUAAUGAUAACGUUAAAAUUAUAUUAUAUGUAUGAUGUUUCAAAAUAUUAUCGUACUUUCACACUCACUAAAUAACUGUUAAACCUUUUACCCUCGCUUAAAACCAAUAGUUUAAAAAACUAUAUUAUUUAAGUAUUUCGUCUUCAGAAUACUUAUCAUUGAUUGUUAUUAUGAAAUGCUCAUCUCUUAAUUAAUGCUAUCGUUAAUUAUACAUUUUGAAGUCCAUAUCGCUGUAGCGAAUAGCAGUGAUAGUCCCUAAUUCUUUUACUUGUUUAACACACGAGCGUGUUGAAUAGAUUCUAAAAUCCAAACGUAUGGAUAUUUCUAUAUGUUAUUAAAAUCAAUGAUAUUUUUAAAAUGCUAUAAAUUAUAUUAACUGUUAUUUCUGUUAAGUUUCACAAAAUUACUUCGACACAUGUUUCUUCAUAUGAGUCAUCUCACAGUGUCACUCUUCAAGCCUUUGGCGAGUCAUCCUGCCCUGAAGAUGCAUCGUAUCGGUGUGUGAAACGUGUCGAAGUGAUUUUGUAGUACUUAGCGAAAUUAACACUAAAGAUCAUUGUUAAUUAUUAUGGAUUUUCGCAAAUUUACGUCUACUUUCAUUAGUCUUUUAAAAUCAAAGUAGAUGGUUUAUUAAAUUAGGCGUUAUUUUGCGGAAAUCUAAAAUUAUCCAAAUGAUUUUUUCUGAGGAUGCCUCGUCGAGAGGCGAAACACGUGUCGAAUUAGUUUAAGACAAAUCGUAGCGGAAUUUACACUCAAAAAAUUCACAGCAUUUGAAUAAAAUCAAAGAAGAAAAUAAAGUUUAAAUCUACUUUAAUAAAUAGAGAACCUAGCCAAUGUGUUAAUUAUAUAUCAUGGUUUAAAUAUGUAAGGGCGGAUUCCACCAAACCGGAGUAAGUUUUUACUCGCUGGUAACAACUGGUAAUCCAAGAUUAACGCUAACCACUAACCUAAGAAUAAUAUAUAAAAAAAGACGAUUUAAAAUAAACAAGCUGCCAACAUUUUACAUAUCACUCUAUUAUCCUACCAAAUUGUAUUUUUGGCAUUGCAUAUCAAGUAAUAAGUAACAAUAGAACAUGGAUUUUUACAGUUUAUACCUACAUUCGUUCACUCUGCGUUCAUCAUUCGAUUUUAAACUAUAUGAUAACAAUACCGAUAUAGCGUUCUCCUCAAGUACGUUGGAAAAAACGGAAACGAAAAUAUCCAACGGUUAUUUUCAAAGAGUAGAAUUAUCUUCGUGUAACAUCGAGUUUGGUUGAAUCCGCCCUAAGUCUAAGAAUGCCAAGUCCUGACACAAUUUGAGAAGCUAGGCUAAUUUUUACUUUAUUUAUUUGAAAACCCAAUAAUCGCACGCUUAACACAUAAACUAAUUACAAAAAAAUAAAAAAUACAAUAUCUAAGUAUACAGAUAAACAACAGGGUUAACACAUCAUUCAUCAAAUGUUAUCUUUUUUACUAAGUUGGGUAACAUUAGUUAAUAAUGUUAGUAAAAAUAGAAUGUAACAAGUGUUAAAAUAAUGUAUAUUUGCAAUUAUUUAACAAUAAGGAUUUACAUUUCAUGAAUUUUACAACAUUUUUUUUUUAUAAAUGUAUAAAGAGUAAAACAAAUAAAAUCUUGCGUGUAGUUUUAAUAAUAGCGAUUAUUGUUUGUGAUAAUUUUGUGAGAAAUUUUACUAUAAUAUUAUAAGUGAUUAAGUUUGUUAUAAUUGUCGUCGGUCACGGUCGUUGACCCUUGAAUAGAAUAAUGUAGGGUGACAAUGAUUUUUAAAGAUGCGUGCUGGUGAAACGUAACAUUCUACCUUUCAUUGCAUGUUUGCUGCAACCAUGGACGUAUAACGCACUCGUACGUUGCUUCCGCCAUUCAGCCGCGAAAGCCCUUUCUGUUCGUUCGAAAAACCGACAAAUUACGGGCCGCUCCGAGCGGCUUGGCGCACGAAAUGCUCUUUUUUCCGCGCACAAUAUGACUACGACAAAUUGUCACAAAGUGUGUACAUGGUACGUUGCAGCGAUGUGUACGGCGAAUUCUUUCAUUGCAUGAUUCAUCUUAAGUUUCGUUUCACCAAUCUGUACGCACCACAAGAUUUUAUUUUACGGGCAUAUAUUAUGUUAUAUUUAAUGUUUUUAUUGGAUGUUUUCGGGCAAUAAAGUAUUUAUAAUUAUUGGGGAAAACUGAGAUAUUUCGGAUCCGAAUUAUACAGCUAUGUAAAGUUUAGGUAUGAAUUCAAUGUCUAAGUUUUUAAAGUAAAUGCGAUUGAAUAUUGCAAAAGAAUUUCCCUCGAAACAAUCUUCCAAAGAUUCCAAAAGGUUACGAUUAAAAGUCGCCUAAACAACCACUACGUCUUUGAGUAUUUACCCAAACGGAGACAGCAUUGAUAGUUGAAUUACUUAUUUCUAAAAAUAUACGAAAGUACAUAAUCAAUUAAAAAAUGGGUUAAGUGCAAAUUUAACUCGCCGACGAAGAGUGCCGUAUAAUCGUACAAAAUAUAAUUACUACUACUUGUUGUGUACUUAUUUAACAUGGGAGAUAAUGAGAUAGGAAGCAUAAUACAAUAUUUUGGUACCAGGCGAUCAUAGUUAAAGAAGAGAAUGUCUUAAGUAUGGCGCGAGUAUACCUUAAUAUAUUCUGACUCCAAGCGCACGACGUAUUUCUGCAUAGACACCAGGAGAACAUAGCGGUUGAAAUCAUGUGUCAUCCUAGCAACAUGUACCAGGAAUUCAUAUGCAGUUUAGAGGUUCAUGCACCAUGCAGCUUUUACUUCUGACAUGUGUACUUUGUACGCACGCAAUGUUUUUUUAUUUGCAUGACGUUUAUUAUAGCUUUUGGUUAUUUAUAACAAAAGUUAUAUACAAAUGAAAUAAAAUUGUUUUUUUUUUAUUUAUUUAAAUUUAAUAUAGCCACGGGCACCAUUGCACUUUGCCACUCCUGCGCACAUCUUACCAACAAUCAACAAUAUUAUGUUCCCUGAUCGACUCUUAGCAAGUCUCAAUGACUCGUUGACAGCUUAUGUGAUAUUAUAAAAUGAAGCGUUGCCUUUCACUGCUCUCGGUUGGAUCCUCGCCUCUCAUACUAACAUGUUUUGGAAUUCAAAGUCAAAAUAUUUUAUUGACAUAAAAUCAAAAGACUGCUCGACAACGUCAAUCGCAAAAAAUACAAUUCAGAUACAUACAUAUUAAUUACAUAAAAGUUUAAAUAUAUUUUCAAAACAAUGCAAACCAGUGAAACAACACAAGGCUGAACCAUAUAAUCCAUUAAAAACAACUAUAAUACUAUUUAAUUCCAUAUUAUAAUGUCGUUUACGUAAUCUUCAAUACUGUAAUAAGCCUUCGACAUAAGUCUGUGUUUAAUAAAAGAUUUAAAUUUAUUUAUUGAUAAUUCAGAUACACUUUAAAUUUAAUACUAUCGCAUGCAAAAGAAUUGUUUAGUUUACAGAGCCUGGUAGGGGGCACUAUAAGCUUGUAGUUAUUUCUAGUGUUCAAAUUAUGUUUGUCGCUUAUUUUACUGUAUAAAUUAUAAUGUUUAUGUACGUGCAGGAGAUUGCUAUAAAUAUAUUGGCCGUACAUGGUCAUAAUAUGAAUAUCUUUGAAUUUUUCGUGAAUUUGAAUGGCGUAUAUAAAAUAGGCAUUGAUCUUAUAUUCCUCUAAGGUCCCAUGAGUGUAUGAGCCGCGGUGAUUGUUUACCAUCUGGUGACCCGUAUGUAUACUCUUGUUUCCCUCAAAAAAGUUGCAAAUCUUUUUCAUUACUUACUUCAUUUAUGUCGUCUCCUUCGGUUAAACACUUUUGACCGUUAGGCACAAAUUAUUUCUGUAACCGAUUAUUACAAUAAACCUUUCCAUGUCUUCUGGGCUCCAAGUAAGCCAAAUCAAGUAUUAUUAAGACAAUAUUGAAUGUUUAUUGCUCAAGUUAUUCUUAUAUUGUUGAAAUUUAGUUUUUUUUUUUUUAUAAUAAAUAGACAAUGAUAUAAAAUGAUAUUAUAUGGCGUUGGAUGGUUGAUGUGUGACUGAUAAAAGUGAGAAUUGAAUUAUUAAAAUAUUGUUGUGAAUACAAAUUGAUGGUUAACGAGCCGUGACGUGAAUCCCUGUGAUUGGUGGUUCAGUAAACAUUGAGCCGUGACGUCAAUCGCUAUGAUUGGUGGUUCAGUAAACAUGGCCGAUUGUAUUUUGUGUAAUAUCUUAAUGUAUUUAUUAUUAUAGUAUUAUACUAAUUAAUACAAAUAAAAUAUACUUCUAGUUUAAAACAACUUCCCCCUGUCAUGUAAUUCUGUAGCGACAAAGGUAAGAUAAAAACAAAAGUUUUUGGAAUAACUUUACUUCGCGUUUAUUAUUAACAUAGUUAAUUUUUAUUUAAAAGUUGGCAUUAUUUUUUAUACCUUUUUUCACAUACAAUAUUUUUUAAACUAAUAUUUAAUAAUUUGAUACUCAAUAUCUGAGGAGUUUUCUUUCGACCCCUAUCCCUGACCCGACACAUUUGACCACUUUGGAAGUGUCUCUCGCGCAACGAAAUUCAGAUUAGAAAAAAAAAUUAUUAGAAACCUCCAUAUCAUUUUUGAAAACCUAUCCAUAUAUCCCCGUCAUCAUUCAUCAAACCCGUUGAUAAAAAAAAAUGAGUUUCAGUUCUAAGUAUGGGGAAUCCCCAUAAUUUUUUUUUCUAUUUUUGUUGUGAAAAUGUUAUUGCGAUUCACAGAAUACAUCUACUUACCAAGUUUCAACAGUAUAGUUCUUAUAGUUUUGGAAAAAUGACGAAUCUAUAAGGGUUCCGUUUUUUGCCAUUUGGCUACCCUAAAAACGCAGCUGGACUGAUAGUGAUAAAAUAGCCAAGCAAUCUGUAUUAAGUUGCGAUCGGAUCAACAGAUUUCUUUUGCCUCCACUGAAGCGAGGCCGAAUCAUAGCAGUAGAAGCUAAUAAUAUGAGCAGAGAUAUUUCUGGGCUUAACUGCCGCUUUAAUUUUUAUGUCCACCAACGAAAUAUCAUUGUCUAUUUAUAUGUACGUUUGUGAAGCAAUAUCUGUUGUAUACCUAUAGUAAUAUUAUUGUUGUACUUUUUUGAAUUUAUUAAAUGCUUUUAAUGUGG